AGUGGAUCAGAUAUAUAUUAUUCCCUUAUUAACUCUUAUUAAUUUUCCAUCUAUCGUCGGCCAAAUAUAUUAAUGUCCGAUACAAAACAUAAAAAAUGUGAAUGUUGUGAGGAGUAUGGAAAUGCUGUGGCUUCCGGAUUGUUUCGUAAAAAGGAAAUAGGACGUGAUAUGAAAGAACUACUCAAAACUGGUUUGAACCGAUGUUUAACAACAUUAGAUUUAAUAGCAUAUGGAUUAGGAUCCAUGCUUGGUGGGAGUAUAUACGUACUUACAGGUGCUGUAAUGAACAGAAGAACUGGGCCUGCAGUAUUUUUGGCAUAUAUACUGGCUGGAUGCGUGGCGUUACUUAAUUCUCUGAACUAUUCUGAAUUAGCAUGUCGUAUACCAAAGGCUGGUUCUUCAUAUACAUACAUAUAUUUUAUCAUGGGUGAAUUUCCUGCUUUUAUAACUGGGUGGGCAAUACUACUUGAGUAUAUACUAGGUAUAUCACUUGUUGCAAGAUGUUGGAGUAGUAUGCUUGACAGUCUUGCAGACAAUCAUAUAAGUAAAUGGACAAUACACAGUGUUGGUAGAUUAUCUCAUCCAGGUGGUGUAUUAGCUGAACAUUAUGACUUUGUCGGUGUAUUGCUGAUUAUUAUAUUGUCAGCUAUAUCUUGUUGUGGAGUUCGUGGCAGUGCAAAAGUGACAGCAGUUUCAAUUUUUGUAAAUGUUGGUGUACUAACAGUAACAUCAAUCUAUAUGUUUGUAUACAGCAAACCAGAAUAUUUAUAUAUCACCUCACCUAAUAUUACAGUAGAUAAAUUAUCGCCAAAUCCAAACUUUUUACCAUUUGGAAUACCAGGUUUAAUAGGUGGUACAGCAAUUUGUUUUAAUGUAUUCAUUGGUUUUGAUGCAAUAUCAACGUGUGCAGAAGAAGCUAAAAAUCCUAGUUACAGUCUACCUAGAGCGAAUGUUGUAGCCGUUAUAACUGUAGCAAUUUUGACCACAGUAUCUUCACUAGCACUAACUUUGUAUUACCCUUGGUUUCUUAUUAGUACCGAGAGUUCAUUUUUAAGUGCAUUAAAAGGUAAUACACUAAAUGGUGGACCAGAAAAUGUACGAACUGGAAUGUUUUACUUUGUUGGUGUUGGAUCAUUAAUUGGGUUAAUUGCCUGUUUAAUUACUUCAUUAGUUGCUGCACCAAGAAUUAGUUAUGCUAUGGCUCAAGAUGGUCUUAUUCCGACUAUCUGUUCUCAUCUUUGUCAACCUUUCAAAACACCUGCCAUUUCAACAACAUUCGUCACAAUUAUAACAGCCUUACUAACAUUGAUUUUCAGUGUGGAUAGUUUAGCCGAUUUUAUGAGCUUAGGGACGUUAAUCGCUUAUUCCAUUACUGCAAUAGCUAUUAUAUGUAUACGUUACAGAAAACAAACUGAUAGUCCACAAAUAUUGACUGAAACUGAUCAAAUAGAAACAGACAGAAUUGAAAAGGAUAAGACUGUUAAACAAGUGGAACAUUUCAAAAAACGUAUUGAUAAACCAGGAUUUGUAAAAUAUCCUUAUGCUCGUUGUAUACCUAAUUGUAUAUUGAAGAUUUUCAAUUCCGGUUCACCUGGUGAUACAGUUGUUAUGAUCAUGGCUACUUAUAUUGUAUUAAAUGGUGUUUUAAUUAUGUGUUUGACAAUAGGAGCGAAACAUGAAUUGUGGCCAAUAUGGAGAAUUGUUUGUGUAGUGUUCAUUUUAGCAUUACUGAUAUCCUGUAUAGUAUUGAUGAGCAUUUUUAAACAAUUUGGACCACCUUACAAAGGUUUGUUUCAACUUCCCUAUGUUCCGUUCAUCCCAUGUGCAACGUUAACUAUAAACGUAUUUUUGAUCAGUGAGCUUUCAUGGGUUACUUGGAUAAGAUUUACUAUUUGGAUAGUAAUCGGUCUGAUACUUUAUUUUGGAUUUGGAGUAAUGAACACAUAUCGACUAUCUAAAGAUAAUGAAAGUAACAAUUCACAAACUUAUCUACAUGAUCCAGAAGAUGAGAAAGAAUUCGAUAAAACUUACAUAUCUACAAAUAAUGCCACAUAAGAAGUCCUUUAUGAAUAGAUGGUGAUCACAAAACAGUUGGAUCCAAAUUUCUUGUAUUUUUCUUUUCAAACUUGUUUAUCUUCUUAAUUCGUUUAUAUUUUACCACAAAUAUUAUGACUUCAACUGAAAUUACUCCUAUCAUCUCAUUUGUAGAAACCAAGAGAUUGUCAUCCUCAGUACUCAAUGAUGAUAAAUAAUACUUAUAGCAAGGCAGUGAAUGAUACUUUGAAGUUUUGACUUAUCAAAAACCACAAUCUCUACAUUUUAUUUUACAC